AUGCGCCAAGACAUGGAGACCCUGUUGGGUACCACAUGGAGACCCUGUUGGGUGUAUGGAUCAUUUUUCUAUCGUUUUGAACCUUGUAACCAUCUUCCAAUUUUUUGUCUCAUCGACUAUCACUGGUUACUUUUAUUUCUUUUCUCCAUCCGCUGCCCCGACCUUACUGAUAAUAUUUUGCUUAUUUACCAGAUUGAGAUUAAAACAACACCUGCUGACUUCUGCUUCCCUACAACAAACCAUACUAGGCACUAUUUUACUCGUUAUGUUGAGUUCCACAGGUGUGUGAGUGCCAAGGGGGAUGAAGCUGCUAAAUGUGAAAAAUUUGCCAAGUACUACCGAUCUCUUUGCCCAGCUGAAUGGGUUGACAAGUGGAACGAGCAGAGGGAGAACGAGACAUUUAUAGGGCCCCUCUAAAUCGUCUGUUUGAGAGUCUCCUCAGCUGCUUUCGUGUCAGCGCUACUGCUGCCUCCUGGUUGGAAUUUAUGCUCGUGUCGUGUACUCUCUUCCAGCAA